AUGCCAACCGUGAAGCGACUCAAGGGCAGCGGCGCUGCUAAGGCGAAGAAACCGAGCGAGCCACAGCCAAAGUCUCCCGAUGGACGACCGACCCCAGCCGAAGUGGAAGAAGAGGAGCAUCAGUUCGUUCAACUUGCGCGAAAGCAUUGGCUGAAGUCAGGCAAGAAGCCGGCCAAACCCAAGGUCAAGAACGAUGUCCUCAAGCAGAGUAUUUGGGAUGUGCUUGAACGGGAGGGCUUCCAGUAUAAGUCUCUUCUGCUUCUCGAGAGCCUGCAGACAUUAGAGAGUUAUCUGUGGCCUGGAUACACCGAGGAAGCUUCCAAUUUCCACGUUUUGCUGAUUGCGCUCAUCGCAAAUGUGAAGCGUCGAGAGCAUCUCGCGACAUGGACGCUCUUCGAGGAUCGACCUGCCGACUUUUCUUCACUCUUUCGUCGUCUUUUGUCCAUGAUGCUCGACCGAACACUUUCCGUUACCAUUCGAACACAACUGCUCUGCUUCCUCAUCUAUGCGUUUCAGAGUCUCGACUGCACUCUUGUGCGCAAGGAAUGUGCCUCGCUCGUAUCGAUUGGUAUCUGGCACAACUUGUCAACCGACUCAGCGCGUGAAGCCACUUUCGAGCAAACACCACAUCUACGAAAGACUUGGAAGGCUGCGCAUAAACGAUAUGACGCUGCUGAUGAGCCGAACCAGGCGCGAUUGCGGUUUGAGCGAGCAUGGCUUUACACACUCCUAUUGGACUUCUUGGGCCAACUCUACACAGAAAACAGCAAAGCAGACCAAGUUCUGUACUGCGAAAGAUUCACUGAGUUUCUUAUUGAUCUUCAAAGUCAGCUUCCAACACGACGUUAUGUCAAUACCUUAAUCCAGGAUCUUCACAUAGUAUCUGCUAUGCGACUGUCACCAAUGUUUAAUGAUGAGGAGAACACCCUCCUCCGCGACCUCCAUGCACUGCUUUCUCAUUUUACUUUCUUCGAUAUCAAUGAUCAGACAGGUACUCAGUAUAGCAUAACGGAGGCAUACGAUAAGCAUUGCGCGUCACUUGGAAAGCUGCAGCGCAUUGCUUUGAAACACUUUAGAGAAAAGUUGACCGUAUUGGCUCUGUCUAACUAUGGUGCUGUCGACCAAAGGCAAGAGUUGGAGGCCCUGCUCGAUCCACUGACAGACGAAGAGCUUUUGAACUUGGUUUCAUUGCUUGGUUUCCGGACCUCCUAUCCCGAAAGCUUGAGUCUUGUAGUCGACCGUAAGUUGGCGCUUGAAGUACUCCUAUCCAAAUACGAGCGCAGAAAAACAUUCCAGGAGGCGGCUCGAGAUAUGAGUCUGACGCCAACGGAAGAUGCUCUCUUUGAUAGCAGUUUUCAGCAGGCAGAGACAUACGAUGGAUCACAUCCAAUGGCCUUGCCCAAGUUAAACCUCCAAUAUCUUUCCGUGGGCGACUUUCUAUGGCGGGCGCUUGUCCUGUAUCGAUGCGAGUCUUUCUACGGGGUUCGUAAAGAUAUCGAGACCGCUUUACGUCGGUUACGUCCAGAGUCAAAGCGAACAGAAGACACCAACUUUGGCGGUUUCUCGAAGAUGGCGAUGCCAAUCUCGAAGCCGGCUAUCCUUGAAGUCGUGCCGCCACUAGUGGGAGACGACAAGCCGUCAAUGGUGCGCGCUGAAGUGUCGUUUGAUGUUCGACGACUCGGUGAGGGUGUUCGCAGAGAGUGGGAUUCUCUUCGACAAGAUGACGUCGUUUUCCUCCUUGCAGUAGAGCCACCGCCUACCAACUCGGCCAGUAACGGAGGAGAAGCCCUGUCCGAGUCUGAGCGACUGGGUGUGGUUACUGUGCGGACCGCUCAGGUUCAUCAGAUCACAGACGACAAGGGCCGCCAAGUUCGAGAUGGCGCUGGCAAUCUUGAUCAGAAGCGUCGCAUCCAACUCAAGCUGGACCCUCUUGCUUAUAGCAAGGAUGCUGAGCGGAUAGCGGCUGGCAAGGCUGAUGUUUAUGGCAAGGUCAAUCUGUUGCUCAGAAGAGGCAGACGGGAGAACAAUUUUAAACCUGUGCUGGAAUCUAUUCGAAGCCUGGUAAUGUCUGAUGUUCCGUUGCCGAAGUGGCUCCACGAGGUGUUCCUCGGCUAUGGAGAUCCCGCGGGAGCUAUCUACAAGAACCUGCCAAAUCGUGAACGCAAGGUGGACUUCCGGGACACGUUUCUUGACUGGCAACAUCUUACAGAGAGUCUGCCUGGCAAGAUUAUCGAUCCAGGCGACGAGGUGUCUGGUAGCUUUGGACCCCCUUACGUUCUGGAGUCCGUCGAGAAGCGAGAGGAACCUCAGGGCGCCAAACCCUCCAAGAAGCGACGUAGAGAUGCCAACCCUGCGCUCAUAUCUGAUAUCGAGACCUUGAAGGUGUCAAGUUACAAGCCACCCAACACUGGGCCCUACCCAAUCAACAACCCUAGGCUCAAUUCAGUCCGCUUUACUCCGGCUCAGAUUGAGGCUAUCACAUCAGGUACUCAACCUGGACUCACGGUCAUUGUUGGACCACCCGGCACAGGCAAAACGGAUGUUGCUACACAGGUCAUUAACAACAUCUACCACAACUAUCCUGAGCAGAAGACACUGCUGCUUGCGCAUAGUAACCAAGCCCUCAACCAACUAUUUGCCAAGAUUGUUGCUCUUGAUAUUGACGAACGACAUUUGUUGCGACUUGGACACGGCGAAGAGGAGCUCGAUACGGAAGGAAACUUCAGCAAGCAUGGUCGCGUCGAUUCCUUUCUAGAAAACCGAGAUCGUUAUCUUCUCGAAGUGAGGAAACUGGCCACCAGCCUCGGCGCCCCUGGUGCACAUGAGAAUUCGGCUGAGACAGCUGGGUACUUCAACACCGUCUAUGUUAUUCCUGCAUGGAAUAAGUUCCAACACGUCAUUAAUGCAGAUGCUUCAACUGCCACCGAUAUUGUGGAAGCCUUCCCUUUUCAUACUUACUUCUCUGAUGCCCCCCAACCCCUUUUCCCGCCCGAGGGAAGCAAGGAUCAAGUCGUAGAUGUUGCAGAGGGCUGCUACCGCCAUAUAUGCAAGAUAUUCUUGGAACUCGCUGAUGCGCUUCCAUUUGAGAUUCUCCGCCGAGACCGUGAUAAGGCAAACUACUUGCUCACCAGCGAGGCACGCAUUGUCGCUAUGACAACGACGCACGCGGCCAUCAGAAGAGGCGAGAUUGCAUCGCUGGGCUUUCACUAUGACAACGUGGUGAUGGAGGAGGCUGCUCAAGUGACGGAGAUUGAGACCUUCUUACCGUUAGCGAUGCAGAAGCCUCGCAACGGCCAAAUGCCACUGCAAAGAGUCGUUAUGUGCGGUGACCACUUCCAAAACUCACCAGUUAUCCAGAGCCUGGCAUUCCGUCACUACGCCAAUCUGGAGCAGUCACUGUUCGCCAGACUGGUCAGACUUGGCGUCCCUACGAUCACCCUUGAUCAGCAAGGACGCGCUCGUGGUUCGAUCGCGAGUCUCUACCAGUGGCGUUACCCGAAUCUGCAUAAUCUUCCUGAUGUGCAAAAGAGCUCCGAGUUCGUCAAGGCCAAUGCCGGAUUCAAGUACGAUUACCAGUUCAUCAACGUUCCCGACUACAAGGGCCAGGGAGAGGCUGAGCCAACACCACACUUUAUCCAGAACUUGGGCGAGGCCGAGUAUGCAGUGGCUAUCUUCCAGUACAUGCGCCUUCUGGGCUACCCCGCUGAGAAGAUUACCAUUCUCACGACUUAUGCUGGCCAACGGGCUCUUGUGAAGGACGCACUGUCGCAUCGAUGCGCCCGGAAUCCGGUCUUUGGUCUACCAAAGGCUGUUGCUACAGUGGACAAGUACCAGGGCGAACAAAAUGACUAUAUCAUUUUGUCACUUACCCGAACCUCUCGAGUGGGUUAUCUGCGUGAUGUCCGACGCAUGACAGUAGCCCUGUCUCGAGCACGACUCGGCUUGUACAUCCUUGGCCGCCGUGAGGUUUUCGAAGCGUGCCCUGAGCUCCGACCCGCCUUUGACAUAUUAUUGCAAAGACCAGACAAGCUCAUGUUGGUGACAGGAGAGCUUUGGCCUACGCAGCGGGAGGUGACCGAGAAUCUUACAGCCGUAGAGGGCGAGGUGCCAAUGGAAGGUGUCGAGCAUCUGGGCCAAUAUGUCUUCGAGAUGACCAACACAAAGAUCGAGCAGCUUCAGGCAGAGCAACGAGAAAUCCCUGAGACCAUAAUGGAGGAGGCUGAAGAAGGGGGUUAUGGCGAUGAGAACGAGGAUGAAGACGAAGAGCAAGACGCCGAAGCUGACAUCUUGGAAGUGCGAGAAGGGGAGUAG